GCGAAGCUGGAUAAAUCUCCAUCUCAACCUCUCUCCGAAAAGAAACGCGCAGCCUCCGAGUUCGACUUCAACAGCGUUGGUGGGGAAGGCGCGGACAGCAGAAUGGAGCAGCAGGAGGAUACAGCUUCCCCCCUGCUUACGGCGCCAGGACGGACUGCGCCUCUGAAGAAGGAAGCCGAAACAUCAGAGCCACAGUCUCCAGGACUCGAGCCAUCUCGGGGAGAUCCAAUUGCUGCAGAACCCCACCCAACGGCGCAUGCUGGAUGGAAUCAGGGUGUCAGCAGCGGGCUGCGGACGUCGUUUGCUGCGUCGAGCAAGGGGAUGUCCCGCAAGCCAUUGUCGCGACGGGUUUCAGUAUCUCCCCCGCAGCCAGAUGCCCAGCUGAUCGAGGUUGGCAGCUUAGCCAUGCCUCUGGGUGAUCCGGGAUUUGCGAGACCGAGUCGUGAAAAUGGCUGGCAGGACAAAUUCCAGCAAUGGUGUGUCCGGCUCAUGGCUCUGAACAAAGAGCAGGAAGGAAUUAAAGACGCCGGCCUUUUAAGGGAGGCCUGGAAUUUGUGGCUGGAGACCCGGGUGACGCUCUCGCGUGCUGCCCGGACCUCUGCUAUGCAAUCAGCAAAGGACAUGAAUUUGACGUCUGAUAAGCUUCAGGAGAUGUUCUCCGAGGCCCUGCACGCUGAUCCCGGAGCUCCAUGGCCUCGCUCUCCUUCAGAAUCCGAGCAGUCG